UAUCCCAUGUCCCAUGCCAAAUCAGAGAUCAGAUCCCAAAUUGUCGUACUUAUAUACGUUGUAGGUGUAGCAGACAGACUCGACUCGAGACGCCUUGGCAACACCGUGGGGUGUCUCUACCAUGCAGUGGGUGCUGGUAGACUGCGGUGGUCGACUACUGUAUGAUAGCCGUGCUCACGAGAACACUCAUUUGCUCAUCUCUCGCGAAAUGAGCCUCAUCAUCUGCCGAUGUUUGUGUUUGCCUGCAUCAUCUGCAACUACAUGUUGAUGUUGGGUGCAGUUGUACGUACCGCUGUAAAAAUGUCAUAUAUACAGUCGUUAGUAACCCAGGUGUAGCCCCUCAUCGUUUAGUCCUUCCCUUUUCUGUCUCCUUCAUUUAUUAGGAAUCGGGUUUACAAAAGUAUUUAUUUUGGAGCAUGGCGUGUUUGCAUCAUGUCGAUGAGAAAGUGUCGGGCGUGAAGAUAACAUCACAGGAAAAUAUUUAUUUUCACUUCUAAAAGAAUAAAUAAAAAAUGAGGCCUAAUCUACUGGUGGGCAAAGAGAGAAAGAGAGCGUGUCUAACUAAUGUGAAUUCUGUCAUCUCUUUAAUACCCCGUGGAUAAACGAUUAAAAAACUGCAAUGCAAACCAAGACUUUGACCUUGGUUCAGCUUAGUGUUAUUGUUUUUUAACUUGUGCAGUAUUCUACAAACUGAUUUGUUUGAUCUGGUGUCACUGUGAUCAUGCUCUCAAAUUCCUAUUUGAGUUUUGCUGAGUAAUGUUUUGUGCUGAGAAUAUGAGUUCUGCAGGUGAUCCUAGGCUGUCGUUGAAGCAGCUGCUGAUAGUGCUUCUGCAUCAAGAGUGCACAUUUGAAGCAUAGUAUAAAUAUAACGGAGGAGUGGAACACAUCCCUCGAAUUUCGCGUGAGUGGAAAAAAUGUCUGGUGGUGACAGGAAGAAGCGCACGGGCGACCGCGGACAGGGUUGGGAGGAGGCUGGUGCCGAGUUUUACCAGGAGAGUUACCCUGCUGCUGCCAUCGAGGCUGAUCUCCAACAAGCUUUGCAGAGGGAUCCGUCUCACAUAGCAACCCUCCUGCCAAGCAAGAAAUCUCGAGUUGCUACAACUCAGAAAAGAGUCAGGCAUGAACCUCGCACGACACUCAGAAGACGCACAAGCACGCGUUCGAGAUGUGCAACGAGUACGGUGAGAAGAAUGUCCACAAAUGUUCAGGAUGCUGCUGUUUCUAUGUUACCCGACCUUUCGGAAAAUCUGUCCAACGAAGAGCGCACCUGGGAGGAAAUCAUGCAAAUCAAGUCAAUGCCGGUUUGCAUGGCACAGAAAAUCGAGAUGAAAAGACAACUGCAGAGUGCAACAAAAUUACGACUACAAGGCUUUGAUCAGCUGAAAUGGCAACGAAGAAAAGCAUGGCAAACAUUUUGCAUCAAAGCAAACGAGGCCUACUCGAAAAUGGAACUGUGGAGUACGAGUCUCAAGAAAAUAGGCGGUAAUCUUGGGAUGGGUAUAGUUGCCUUUUUCCUAUUUAUAAAGUGGAUUCUUUUUUUGAACCUUGUUCUGUUCGGUAUGAUUUCGGUAUUUCUUGUUUUACCCACAACACUUUUAGAAGUUCCAAGAAACGAAACGUGUGCCUCGACAAACGACACAGUCUCAACUUAUUGCUGCACAGAACAGUACUGGAACAAGUCACGGGAGUUUAAUACAUUUUUAGACUUUUUUCAAGGCAGCCACCUUUUUGAAUACAGCCUUUUGUUUUACGGGGCAUACCCUUCUCUGUCAUACUACGGCAAUAGUAAUGAAUAUCACUAUGAUUUACCACUAGCCUACAUGUGCGUAAUGAUGCUCGUUUUCGUGGUAAGUUUGGUUGCGGUGGUCAGGUCAUCGGUCAAGGGUUUCAGAGAAAGAGUCGUGGAAGGCGAGGGUCAGUUUUAUCGGUACUGCAAUCUCGUUUUUGGCGGUUGGGACUAUUGCAUCAAUAAUGAAAACGCUUCAGAAACGAAACACAGAGCACUGUAUAACGAAAUAAAAGUGCUCAUGGAAUCUGAGAGAUUCGAGGAAGAGCGUCAGAAUCGUACCUGCGAAGAAAAAUUCAAACUGUGCCUGGUGCGUAUUUUCGUCAAUGCGCUCGUACUCUUGAUUCUUUGCUCAUGCGGUGUCUUUAUUUUCUUUAUAAUACGCUUUUCUUUCGAGCAAGCUUCUUUAAGGGUGGACAUGACUCAACGUGACAUCUUUAGCGAAAUGAACCUUGAUACGGUUUAUCAGAUUUUCUUUGAAUUUUUGCCAUUCAUCUGCAUAUUUCUCCUAAAUAUCAGCGUACCUGUGUUUUUUCAACACCUGAUAAGCCUUGAAAGUUACAGUCCUCCUUCAGUCAUCAAAAUCACACUGUUACGCACAAUUUUUCUCAGGCUAGCCUCUCUUGUCGUUCUUCUCAGCAGCUUCUACGUUAAAUUAAACGCCAAAAUAGAUGAUGACGAAUGUAUGAACUCUGCGCAGCUCCUGUGCUGGGAAACAUUUGUAGGACAACAAUUUUUGAAGCUCUACAUAACCGAUAUUGUUGGUCAGUUCUUUGUGACUUUCUUCAUAAAUUUCCCAAGAUCGCUCAUUGGAAAACAUUCCGAGAACAAAGCCUUACGAUUUAUUGGUCAUCAGAAAUUUGAUUUAUGCAAACACGUCCUGGACAUUGUUUAUCUGCAAACAAUCUGCUGGCUGGGUGUGUUUUUUGCACCGUUUCUACCUUUCUUUGGUAUCAUUGGCUCUUUUUUGCUGUUUUAUAUCAAAAAGUUUGAAUGCCUCGUCAAUUGUCGGCCCUCGAAUCAUGUCUACCGAGCAAGCAGGUCCCAUUCUUUGUUCAUGUUCAUAUUGUUGAUUUGUUACGUGUUCGUCGUCGUCCCGAUCGGCUACUGUCUGGUCAAAUUUAGCCCGUCCAAGGCCUGUGGACCCUUUAAGGAGCUCGACUCGCCUUGGAGCCUCGUAGUGACCACGUUCUUGCAGCUGCCAAGCUGGAUCAGAUCCAUUGUAUCUUUUCUGGGCACAGCUGGUUUUGGCAUACCGGCUUUCCUAGUGCUCUCUCUACUGUUAUACUAUUAUUACGCGGUUUCAAUGGCAAAUAAGAACAUGGUGACGGUUCUGAAGAAUCAGCUGGUACUCGAGGGACACGACAAACAGUUCUUGCUCAACAGGCUGAGUGCUUUUAUCAAGCAGCAGCAAGAACAGACCAAGUAUCAUCAAGAUCUGAAUGACUAUACAUAGAUUAAUUUUUUUAACUCGUGUGUAUAUAUCUAUACAGGGUAUGCACAUUAUUUAGGUACAUUGUUACGAUUACGCGCAACUAAGUGCACACUUAGGAACUCUGGACUAGUCAUUAUUUUAAUAAGAACUAAAUAGACUCUUAACAGAUAAGAAACAUCAUCCAAAAAUACUAAUAAAUUAUUUGUAUUGGGUCAUUCUUAACAUAUUGAAUGUACCUAAGUGUCAUAUUUUUAUUUGAGCAGUUUUGUUUGGAAUUCAAUUUAUGAAUAUUUUUGGAUGAUAGGAUAGGUAAAUAAAUUUACAGACUCUAAGUUUAUAAUUUGUAAAGGCGAUAAUCCAUUUAUUUUAAGUUUUCAAGUUUUACAAAUUUAUUUUUUUAUACAGAGGAUACUGAAAGUAGGUUCAACUGAUUUCUGAUAUACUUGUGUCGAUAUGACGACUGUUACUGUGAAUAAUCAGUGAUAACUUAUCAAUAAAACUUUUCAUUGAAAUGUA